UUUAUCAAUUGUCACUGCAUUGAUGCAGUCAUAAUUAGUUCGACAAUCAACAUUUAUUUAAAGGAAUGUUGAAGUUUGAAAUAGUGUCUUCUCGGACAGUGGAGGGCGUCGACAAAGAGAAAAAAUAUGUAGCGUAUAUGUUACAAGUUAGACAGGAUGCUACCGAGUCACGAGUUUUCGAUCCAGACCCAGCAAAUGUAGAGAGAAGAUACACCCAUUUUCUUGAUUUGUACAAUGGCUUGAAGAAAGAGUAUCCAGCUUUAUUACAUACCAUUUCAUUUCCGCGGAAGAUAGUUGUUGGUAACUUCGCCCCAAAUUUAAUAUCAACUAGAUGUGCUGCAUUUGAGUCAUUACUACAUUUAAUAGCAAAUGAGUCACGUCUGAGGAAUGCCCCCGCAGCUAUUGCAUUCUUUCAAGAUAUAGAAUUGAAAGAAGCAAGGAAACUAAUUGAGGAUGGGAAAUUUGACCAAGCCUUGUCUUUAUUAGAAACAAGCUUUAAAUUACUAAAUAAGGUAUACACAGAUAGAUCACGAGUAGUCUUAAGUGUUCUAUGCAGAAUAGUUGCAUGUGCAGGAUCCAGUGGUGGAGCUUUGGCAGGCCCUGUGGAAAAAUGGGCUCAAUUAGCACUUAGACGAUACGAAGCAGUUAGUGACUCGGACUUACUACUCAUUUAUAUACCACUAUUGCACACAUGCAUUUCUAUAUGGGAAACCCUGGGUCGUGAUAAAUCAAGGUUGGUUGAAGAGUUGAACUCACUUCGUAAAAAUGGAAUGAAAGUUGAUUCUGUGCCAAGCCUUAUGGAAGCUGUUGACAGUUUGGAUGCAACUAAUUAAUAUUGUUUUAAGAGAUACUUUGAAUGCUUUAACAAAUUCUUGAAAUGGUCUUUUAAAUAGCCACUAAGAAUAUGAUAAUAUUUAAUAUUAUUUAAGCAUAUUACUUUUGAGUUAAGUAUAUUUAUGCAGACUAGUAUUUUGUAAAUUUAAAUUAUCCUUAGUUUAAGUAUAAAAAUCUGCUAAUAUUUUUAUAGUUGUUUUUAGUUGACCUUUAUUUCAAUUAAUUUGUACCUGCAUUUUUAUUUUUUGCUUUAUUUAUGAACUUAAACAUUUAAAAACAAUGUUUUUACCUGAAAUGACCAUGAUUGAUCUGCAAUCGAUCUUAUUUCUUUUUUUAUUAACUAAGAUAAAAUUGUAUUGUAAACCAUUUAAUGAUUACAUUAUUAGUCAAUGUUACACUUUAUUAAGUAUAUCAUUCUAUAGUUUUUAAUUACUAUUUUAUGAUAAAAUUAAACACGCUAUAUUGCAUAUCGCAAAGCUGUACUUUGGGAUGACUUUUGUUAAAAAAGAUAAUUUGUAAAUUCAGUCUAGUUUAUUCAAAGCUUAUCUAUUUCAUAUUAAAUUUGUAUAAACUGCUGCUUUCUUGACAUUACUAUUAAAAUUAUUAAACAUUUGCUAACACUGAGUAUAAUGACAUUGAGAGUGUUUACUGGCAUAUUUCAAAGAGCAAUUGUCACAAGUAUUAUUUAUUUUUAUAUUAUUAGCUUUAUCUGUGUUCAAAAUCAUGUUAUUGUACAUUGAAAACAGGUAUAAAUUUUUAAAGCUCGUAAUCAAUUUGAUAAGAUAUAAACAGUAUUCAGUUUUUUAAUCAUAAUAGAAGCUAUCAUAGUGUUUUGUGCAAGACUCCAGUAUGUUGAUUUUUACUUGACAACUCAAUUUCUAUAAUCUGUCAUAACUAUUAUUUUUUAAAAUUAAUUUUAUAUCCCGGCAUUUACACGUAUAAAUAUUUGUCAUGUAAAAUUCGUAUUUUCUAGUAAUGUCACAUUUUGUGUCUUUCGAUAUGCAAUAUUGUUUUAUAUAGACAUUAACUUAAGUAGACAGCUUAAAAGUCGUUAAAAACGGCUGCUUGUUGACUUGUCAUUAUUAAUUCAAAUUAAUGUAAACGGAUAACAGAUGGCGCUAUUGUCACUUAACCUUUCUUUAAAUUCCAUCACUAAUUACUCAGAUGUUUGAAAUGUAGCCUAGUUCAUUCGAAGUAGAGAUAAACAAGCCUUAGUUUUUAUUAUUCCAUUCGAUUUGCUAAUAGCUCUGCUAUAAUAUAGCACUACAUUUAUUAUUACAAACAGUUCUUGAUUCAUGAUAUAUCUUUAUUUUAGAUUAUUCCACAUAACUACUUAUAUUCACUGUGUUAUAAAACGCAUUCAUUAAUCCGUUUUUUUUUUCGGAAUCUGUAAUGAAUACCAUAGAUUAUUAUUUAAGAAAACAAGACCAAUAGUAGAUGACAGCACAUCAAUUCAUUGACAAAGUUGUUUGUCUGGUGGUAGGACUUUGUACUGGUGGUAGGGCUUUGUGCAAGCUCGCCUGGGUAGGUACCACCCACUCAUCAGAUAUUCUACCGCAAAACAGCAAUACUUGAUAUUGUUGUGUUCCGGUUUGAAGGGUGAGUGAGCCAGUGUAAUUACAGGCACAAGGGACAUAAAAUCUUAGUUCCCAAGGUUGGUGGCGCAUUGGCUAUAAGCGAUGGUUGACAUUUCUUACAAUGCCAAUGUCUAAGGGCGUUUGGUGACCACUUACCAUCAGGUGGCCCAUAUGCUCGUCCUCCUUCCUAUUCUAUAAAAAAAAAAGUUUACCUCUGCUGCGAUUGGAUUGCUUUUUGUAGUUGUUUUUAUGCAUUGGCUACUAUUUCACGGCGAUUCGCAUUUCUUUAUCCUAUUUUAAAAUUUAAGUGACAUAUUUUACAUUUGAAAAGGCAAAAAAUAUGUCACGCAAUAUUAACUAAACAGCUAGAUGAAAUAAUUCGCCUAAUAAAUAAAAUGUGCCUAACUUAGUAUUAAAUUGAAUUGGAGCAUAAUUAUUAAAUUGUGAUAUUUGCUGGUCUCGUAUUGUAUAUAAAAUUUUACAAAACGUUUGAUAUCCGUUCGUAGAAGGAUGUUUAGUGAAAUGUGAUUAUAUUAACAUUGAAAAGUUUAAAUAAGUGCUUUCAAUAAACAGUAAUAUUAGUUCUAAACAACUUAAUUAUAUGAUUAUAUAUAAUAUCUCGUCUUAUUAUCAAAAUAUAAUGUUAUAUGCAAUUAUCGGAUAUUAUAUAUUUUUUGCUGGUUCGUUUAAAAAAAACUUUUCGAAUACGUCAAUUAGGCUUCUAUUAGUGAGAAUAUUAUAUCGUUAUAACCACAGAUAAAAGGAUGGACUGCUUUCUAUAGAUCUGUCAAGUAAAUCAUCGGAAAAAUAUUGGAGGCAAAGCAAUAGUGCGGACUGGUUGGCCGCGCAUUCACUUUGUCUCCCAGAAAACUGCAUAUUUUUUAAGAGUAUUGGCCAGUUCAGUCUUUAUACCCGUUGUAAUACGUCAUGUUCGAUGAUAUCGGAAAAAUAAUAAAUGUAAAGUUAGUUAUAAAGAUGUUUACAAUAUAUUGUCUAGUCUAGUUAUCAUUAUGUAUUUAAACUUAGUGAUUUUCUUAAUAAGUAUUUAAUUUAACGUAUCAGAAGGGAGUUGAAAAAUCUGUUAAAAAACCGACAACGCCAGGUCCUUAAUAGGAGAUGAUUUAAUUUGGAGCGGGACAUAUUUAAAUUGUGAGAUAAAUUCGUAAUUUGGAUUGAAUUAUUACAAAAUAUUACAUCAAUUGAUAAUAUUAUCUAUAUGUUAUUGUAAUAUGCGAAAGUUAUUUAUAUAAAUGAAAGUUUCUUCAACAUUUGCAUGAAGUUUUCUAACACAUCGCUAUCAUUUUAUAACGACUACUGCCACUAGCGGCAGUAGUCGUAUCGGAUAAAUGUUUAAAAACAAUAUAAAAGAUGCAUUACAACGCAUAAUAAUACAAUAUUUAAAGAAACCAAAAUGAGCCUUUUUUGCUUUAAAACCACAGUGUAAGAUAGAACGCUACAUAUAAUUGCUUUUUGUAUUUGCAUUACUUUUGUCUAUGCGUUUCAAUAUAUACUACGGUAAAACUUACGGUGUAAUGUAUAAACGUCGUUUAGCAUUCCAAUUUCAAAUUAAUAAGUCAUUAUCGUAGAUACGUCAUUGUUUUUUUUUUGUGGUGGUGAAGCGGUAUUCCUAUUGCUUAAUAAUAUUAGAUUAGUGAAAAAAAAUCAAGUAUAUUAUUUAGGUCUUUUAACAACAUGUUAAUUUAAUACUUAUACUCGAUAGCUUUAUCAUUAUAAUCUUAAUAAUAAUAAUUAAAUGUAUUCGUAAGUAAAAUUAUUUAAUUUAGAAAUCGGUUAUUGUUUUCUAUGAUAUUAUCUUAUUAAUUAAGGUGACUGAUAUUUUGUACAUUUGUAGCCAUAAUAAAUACAAUAUAU